GCCACUUACGUAGUGGCGAGCAUCGGUUUAAUUUAUUUUUUUUUCUCCCUUCAUCUCUCGUGGCUCCAUCCACUUCUCGCGUGCGCGUGGGUGAUAUUCCCACCCCGGGGGGAGACAGACCCAGCUGUUUAAAUUCCCCGUCUUUUCCCCGGUUUUCUCCUUUGUUCAGUUGUUUUCCUGUUCGGUGGUGUCCCUUCUACUUUCCCUAGACAGACUGUGCUCAACGCUCUCUUUACUUUGUGCGGAGUCUGUCUUCACCAUGCAGAAGGUCGGCAACAUUUACUUCAUUGCGGCCAUCGCCGUCAUCGGCGGUGGUCUCUUCGGUUUCGAUGUCUCGUCUAUGUCCGCUAUCAUCAGCACGCAAGCCUAUCUCUGCUAUUUCAACCAAGGCUCUAUCACUUACGAGGAUGGCAAGGAGGUCUGUUCCGGUCCUACUGCCGACGUUCAGGGCGGUAUCACUGCCUCUAUGGCUGGUGGUUCUUGGCUUGGUGCUUUGGUUUCUGGUUUCAUCUCGGAUAGAUUUGGUCGUAAGACUGCUAUUCAAGUCGGUUCGGUCAUCUGGUGCAUUGGCUCUAUCAUCGUCUGUGCGGCCCAGAACAUUCCCAUGCUGGUUGUUGGCCGUGUCAUCAACGGCUUCAGCGUUGGUAUUUGUUCCGCCCAGGUGCCUGUCUAUAUCUCUGAGAUUGCUCCUCCCACCAAGCGUGGCCGUGUUGUUGGUCUCCAGCAGUGGGCUAUUACUUGGGGUAUCUUGAUCAUGUUCUAUAUCUCUUACGGCUGCAGCUUCAUCAAGGGCACUGCGGCCUUCCGCGUUCCCUGGGGUCUGCAGAUGAUCCCCGCGGUUCUGCUCUUCUUCGGACUGAUGGUACUCCCCGAGUCUCCUCGUUGGUUGGCUCGUAAGGAUCGCUGGGAAGAGUGCCAGGCCGUCCUGACCUUGGUGCACGGUCAGGGUGACCCCAACUCUCCCUUCGUUCAGCGCGAGUUCGAGGAGAUCAAGGGCAUCUGUGAAUUCGAGCGCGCCAAUGCCGAUGUCUCUUACCUUGAGCUCUUCAAGCCUCACAUGAUCAACCGCACCCACGUCGGGAUUUUCACUCAGAUCUGGUCUCAGCUUACUGGAAUGAACGUAAUGAUGUACUAUAUUUCGUACCUCUUCGCGAUGGCUGGCCUGAACGGCAACAACAACCUCGUCUCCUCCUCCAUUCAAUACGUGAUCAACGUCGUCACCACCGUUCCCGCUCUCAUUUGGGGAGAUCGAUGGGGCCGUCGCCCGACUUUCCUGAUCGGCUCGAUCCUGAUGAUGAUCUUUAUGUAUGCCAACGCCGGUCUGAUGGCGACUUACGGCAACCCCGCGCCUGCUGGUGGCCUGAACGGGAUCGAGGCCGAGUCCUGGAUCAUCCACGGCGCCGCCAGCAAGGGUGUCAUUGCCUGCACCUACCUCUUCGUUGCUUCCUACGCCGUGUCGUUCGGUCCGGCCUCCUGGGUCUACCCUCCCGAGCUCUUCCCAUUGAGAGUGCGUGGUAAGGCCGUGGCUCUGUGCACGUCCGCCAACUGGGCCUUCAACUUCGCGCUGGCCUAUUUCGUUCCCCCGGCCUUCGUCAACAUCAAGUGGGAGGUCUAUGUGUUGUUCGGCGUGUUCUGUAACGCGAUGGCCAUCCACAUCUUCUUCAUGUUUCCCGAGACCACCGGAAAGACCCUCGAAGAGGUCGAGGCCAUCUUCACCGACCCGACUGGUAUUCCCUACAUCGGCACUCCUGCCUGGAAGACCCGCAACGAGUUCAAGCACGGUGCCAUGGUCGAGCAGGCUGGCUUUGAUGAGGAGAAGCGUGCCGGGGCGGAGGUUGUCCACGCUGAGACUGCGGAGCCCAAGGUUUGAGGCUGUCCGGUGAUGUGCGGCGGCAUGCUGCUAUCGCCUUUGUGGGAUGGAGUAGAUCCGGGGGCUAUGAAUGACGAUUGUGGAUGAAGAUGAUGGAUUGACUGCAUUGAUGUUGCAAAAAAAGAGAUACCAUACCAUGCGUUGUCACGGUUUAUACUUUAAUUUAACGGUUGUGUAUUAUAUAAUUGGAUGAGGAAGGAAUUGACCAAUUAAUCAUGAGGAAUGGUGUGAUUUUCAUGACUAUCAUCGAUGUUGGGUAGUUC